AUGGAUGAAGGGGUCACGUACGCUGAUCUGCGCUUGCCACCUGCACCAGCUCCUCAGCAGUCGGUGCGUCUGCCAUGGUGCUGGGCAGUCCUCAGCCUGGCUGUCCUCUCCCUCCUGCUCCUGGUGGCACAAAUCAUCCUAGUCGGCUUGAGCUUCCACUAUUUAAGACAACAAGCAAGAUGCACCCAUGGUCUCUGGAGCAUGGAGGAGAGCCCCAGCUAUGAGCAACAGACACUGCGAAGCCAAUGCCAGUUCUGCCCAGCUGGCUGGCUUUGGGAUGCAGGGCGGUGCUACUACUUCUCCUCUGCCAAAAAGAGUUGGGAGCAGAGCAGAGAGGCCUGCUGCUCUAGAGGGGCACAGCUGGUCAGCAUCCAAGCCAACACCACCCUGGCUUUCCUGGUGCGCACAGCCAACAUGGAGCUCUUCCACGUGGGGCUGAAGCGGGACAACUUCAGGUCUGACUGGAAGUGGAUGGAUGGCACCGCACUGAAGAGGCUCUUCCCCAUCCAGCGCUCCACCAGCUCCUUCCUGGCCUGCGGCAGGGUGUCAGGCUCAGGGCUGUCUGCUGGUCAGUGCGGGGAAGCCCUCGGCUGGGUCUGUGAGCAGAGGGCAGCCACCCUGCAGUGGCUCCGGUCCUUGCCCCCCACUUUCCUCUGGGGAAACACCACCUACACCUGCGCAGGGCCCUGGUGA